AUAUAUAAAAAAGAGCAUACGAGUAUUGAAGCAUGAUGAAGUGGAGCUAGCUAGCUAGGUGCAAAAAUGGAUGACACAGCCACUUGCCGCGGGGAAGCACAGAACAUGAACAAGCGAGGCGGUUGGAUAAGUGUGCCCUUCAUUGUUGGUUCAGUGGCGGGGAUGCCAGUUGAUACGUGAAUUCAAAGAGCAUCACUACUGUUGCUCCGGUUGCAAACGUGGCUAAUGGAAGCUCCUCUCUAUUUCCAUUUGUUGCAGCAAUAAUCGCUGACUCUUUCUUUGGCUCUUUCCCUGUUGUUGUGGUUUCUUCUUGUGUUUCUUUCCUUCUAAGGGCACACAAUUAUUGAAGCAUCAAGUGGAGUUAGCUAGGUGCAACUGAGCAAGAAUGGAAGACACACUCACAUGCUGCGGAGAAGCACAGAAUAAGCGAGGCGGUUGGAUAAGUUUUCCCUUCACCAUUGGUUCCACGGCGGGGAUAUCAGUUGCUUCUGCAGGAAUAAUUGGGAACUUGAUUGUAUAUCUGAUACGUGAAUUCAAUAUAAAGAGCAUCGAUGCUGCUCAAGUUGCGAACGUGGCUAAUGGAAGCUCCUCUCUAUUUCCCAUUGUUGCAGCAAUAAUGGCUGACUCUUUCUUUGGCUCUUUCCCUGUUGCCUUGGUUUCUUCUUGUGUUUCUUUCUUGGGUACAGUUAUUAUAGUCUUGACGACAAUUAUCAAGUCGUUGAAGCCUGACCCCUGCAACAAUACUGGACCAAACCUAUGCAACCCUCCAUCCAAAUUCCAACAUGCAGUCUUAUAUGGGGGCAUAGCACUAUGUGCAAUUGGUUUUGGGGGUGCACGCUUCACAACGGCAUCGUUGGGAGCAAAUCAAUUUAAUGAGGCAAAGCAUCAGGACGUAUUCUUCAACUGGUUCUUUUUGACUUGGUACAUUACUUCUAUUGCAUCCUUUACUGGGAUUUUCUAUGUCCAAGAUAAUGUGAGUUGGGCUUGGGGCUUUGGCAUAUGUAGUGCUGGUAAUUUUAUUGGCCUAGUCAUUUUCUUACUUGGUUAUCGAUUUUAUCGCCCUGAUAACCCCAAAGGAAGUGCAUUCUUGGAUCUUGCACGUGUUCUUGUUGCAUCUAUCCGUAAGUGGAAAUCUCAACUCUCUUCCGCAAACAAGCAUUACUAUAGUGACCAUGAUGGGAUACUUACAGUGCAAUUACCUGCUGCAACCCCAGGAAAAAGAUUAAGAUUCUUCAAUCGUGCAGCUCUAAUAACUGAUGGAGACCUUCAAUCAGAUGGCUCAAUUGAGAAACCAUGGAGGCUAUGCACAGUUCAACAAGUGGAAGAUUUCAAAGCUAUCAUUGGAAUCUUACCACUGUGGAGUACAAGCAUAUUCCUAUCCACUCCAAUAGGAAUCCAAGGCAGCAUGACAGUCCUUCAAGCUUUGGCCAUGGAUCGUCAAAUAGGACCCCAUUUUAAAUUCCCAGCGGGCUCUAUUACUGUCAUACCCUUAAUUUCCACAUCAAUUUUCCUCACAUUUCUUGAUAGGGUGGUUUGGCCUGCAUGGCAAAAGUUGAAUGGUAAUUCUCCUACUACUCUCCAACGAAUUGGAGUAGGCCACGUGUUCAAUGUGCUUGGAAUAGCUGUCUCAGCACUUGUUGAAUCAAAGAGGCUCAAGAUGGUUCAUUCUGAUCCCUCAGUGGUCAUGUCCAUUCUGUGGUUGUUUCCACAAUUGGUGUUAGUUGGAAUAGGAGAAUCGUUUCAUUUUCCAGCACAAGUUGCAUUCUACUACCAACAACUUCCUCAGUCACUUCGGAGCACAUCCACUGCUAUGAUUUCCAUGAUUCUAGGGAUAUCUUAUUAUCUAAGUACCGCAUUAAUUGACCAAGUGCGUAGGAGUACUAAUUGGUUACCUGAUGACAUAAAUCAGGGGAGGCUAGAUAAUUUUUACUGGAUGUUCGUCCUAGUGGGGGGUAUCAACUUUGUAUAUUACUUGGUAUGUUCAACUUUGUACAAGCAUACCAAAGUGUAAGAAGAGUUGGGAUAUGACAUUUCUUGAGUGUAGACAGCCAAAGAGAGUCCAGAAGAGAAGAAAGAUAAAUUAUGGAUAUGGUUGAUGAUGUAACGUGAGAA